UAUGUGUAUAUUACUGUAGCUCAACCAACCAUAAUGCAUGUGGUACGGUUAAUGUGUAAACGAAGAGGCUAGCUCUUCUGUAUCAAAAUAAAACACAUAAAUUGGUUGCUGCAACUUUAUUUCGAUGGCAACAGUAGAACCCAAACUCAUCCUUUUAUUUAGUGGGAAACGCAAAUCUGGAAAAGAUUACGUGACGGAUUUGAUUCACAAAAGACUAGGUCCAGAUGUAUGCUGUAUCUUGCGUCUCUCGGGUCCUCUUAAACAGCAAUACGCACAGGACCAUGGAUUGGAUUUUGAGGAGCUGUUGGGAGCAGGUGAGUACAAGGAGAAGUACCGUGCUGACAUGAUCCAGUGGGGUGAGAAGCAGAGGGAGAAGGACCCAGGGUUCUUCUGUCGUGUGUCCAUCAAGGCAGCCCAGCAGCCUAUCUGGAUUGUGAGUGACACGCGGCGUCUGUCAGACCUGCAGUGGUUCUGGAGGGAGUAUCCUAGUCAGUCUCGCUGUGUUCGGGUGGAGGCCUCAGAAGAGACACGGCGGGAGAGGGGCUGGGAGUUCACAACAGGAAUAGAUGAUGCAGAGUCUGAAUGUGGGCUCGACCAUGGAGUGGAUUUUGAUUGGAUAAUCAAAAAUGAGGGUGAUGGAUCACAACUGGAGGAGCAGCUUGCUACUGGGCUGCUCUCAAUUGCCAAGGAAAAGGUGAAAGAGGACUGGCGUGGAGGAGACAUUACACAGCUGUAGGAACUUUCUGAAAGCUCUUGUUGGAAAGUGUAGUUGGGUAUACAUUACACUAUUUUCUGUGAAAAUCCUAGAACACCUUUGAUACACAGGAGCAGCAGAAAGUGAAUAUGUAGUAUUUAUUUCUCUACGGUGUUCUGUACUAUCAACUACGUAGCAUGGCAAGAAUACUAAAAUCUGAUCAAACAUGUACGGUGUGCAUAUUGGCACUGACCGAUAUGUGAAUAUACAUGGAUCACACACACAGGUAACUGCCAAAAUAAAAUAAACACUUGAGAAAAAUGAAGGAAACAAAGUAUAUUGAUAGCUGGUGCUUCCACAGGUAUGGGUCAUGAGUUAAGCAAUUAAAACAUCCCAUCAUGCUUAGGGUGAUGUAUAGAAAUUAUUCUGGCUAACAAAGCUAGAAGAGAUGUGACUGUCACGUUCACCACUGGAAUAGAUGCCAAGGUGCAUUGAAGCUUUUCUGGUGGCACAAUGCCCUAUUAAGACACGUUGGGGUUUCCUUUAUUUUGGCAUUUUCCUGUACUUAGUGAUGUCAACACAGGAGGCAAAUUUCACCAAGACCCAAUGUACAGAUUAAGUCAACAUCUGCAGUUGUAUAAAAGUGUCAAAGUGCCAUGUGUCAUUUUGUUUUUUAUAGUCUUUGAUUGUAAAAUAGUUAAACUAGGCUACUAGAAAGUAUAGUUUUAAUUGUAAAUAGCUAGACGAUUAACUGGAAACCCGGAACGUGGAAAUACGCUGACCCAUGGUAAAAUUAGCGCAAUACUGCAUUACACACCCAUUCAACAUAAUUAAAAUGUACUAGACAGACAUGAUCAAUGUUCUAAUAGCAGGGUAAGUGUUAGUUCAUAAAACAUUUUAAAGUAGACAUGGAGGGAGCAGCACCUAGAUUGAGUGUGUCGUGGACAAUCGGUUCAUUGAGUGGUGUCAAACUGAAGGGGGAAAAAAAUCCAAUAAAAUUGGAAUGUCAAUACAAA